AUGACCUCGAAUUCAACGGUUUUUGGAGAUACCAACCUAGGAGAGGAUCUGGCAAGCGCCUAUGGCUUCACGGUCGCUCCCUCAGUUGUUUGCGCACUCUUCAUGCUGGUCUCAAUGGUACCGUUAUUCUACUUUUUGUUUUCCACCCCAGUCCACAGAUGGACUAGGAUAACCCUGCUAUUCUACGCUCUAUUUCAAGGCAUAUCCUACUUGAUGAGAGCAGUCUGUGCCGGCUCAGCCAGAAGUUCUGGUUCAAUCUUUGCCGCUGCAGCAUCAUUAGAUAUAAUAGCCUUAUACUUGCUCGUCAUGAUUACCUUCAAUCUUGACCGUAAACCAAAGAAAUUUGGUGAUUCCAGGAGAGCUACUUUGAAAUCAGUUAUAAGAUUGGGUGGGAGUGUGAUCAUCACCCUAGUCAUGAUUUUGGGUGCUGCUGGUGCUGCUCUUGCAUCUGGUUUCUAUAUGACGAGAGCGGAUCAGAUGAUGCAAGCUAGUGCAGUGUUUAUGUGUGCUUGCAUGUUCCUGGUGUCGCUGCUCUGUAUAUAUAGUGUUUUUGCUCCACGUUUUGAUGGUGCAGCUCGAGUCAAGGAUAUCGAUGCAGAUCUCAAAGCAACUCUGAUGCUAGUCCUAGUAUCACUCAUGCUGUUUGUAGUAACCGGCUACCGACUCGGUGCUGCCUUUGUCCCCGCAGUACGCGCCGAAAUGUAUUACUUCACAAUCAACUUUCUACUCGAAUUCGCCAGUGCCGUAUUACUCGCACUACCCAUAACUGCCGGCCAAGGCGGCAUAGAUGUCAUGGAAAAAGUCGAAUCGCAUGGAUUGAUGGGUAGACCUGGUGUAGUUGGUGAUGGUCACUCUGGCCCUUCGACCGGAUCAGGAACUCCAGCAUCGAGUAUCAAUAAACCUGUAGAUUUGACGAGAGCUCACUCUUAUAAUGGGCCUGUUGUGAAGCCUGGUACAAAUGUGCCUGUUUCCAGUCCAACAAAGGCAAUUCAUCUGCCACUGUCUGGAGACUCUAGUGUUGCUGUGCGCAAGCCUAGUAAUGUCGCUUUGGCUUCUGUGGCUUCAUUGGCUGUGCCGAGUGCAUCGAAUUGGCCAGAGCCAAUAGAUGCCUCUCCUGUAAACCCUGAUACCGUAAUUCAACCAGCAUACCCUCCAGUACCAAUCUCCAAAUCUCCAGCUAUGAGUAUCAACUCUGGAAACAGUGCUGGUGGACGUGAAAGGCCUCCGCCACCGCGAUUCGUCGGUGCCAGUGGUGGAUCUGCUGGUAGGUCAACAGGUCGGGGUGGUGCAAGUUCUGCUAGAGGCGGUGCAGUCCAGUUCAGUAGUAAUACUCGUCGAUAA